AUGAAGGUUGUUAAUGAGUAUAGAAAUGUGAAGGAAGAAGAAGCAGCAAGAGAGAAGAAGUGUGUGGCUCAAACAUUGCCAUUCCACAGGCUGCUGAGCUAUGCUGAUGGAGUGGACUGGACACUCAUGGCUUUAGGCACCUUGGGGUCUAUAGUCCAUGGCCUCGCCCAGCCUGUUGGGUAUCUUCUGCUUGGCAAAGCCCUCAAUGCUUUUGGGGCCAAUAUUCAUGAUACUGAUGCCAUGGUUCACUCCCUCAAAAAGAUUGUUCCAUAUGUCUGGUACAUGGCCUUUGCCACAUUCCCUGCUGGAGUACUAGAGAUUGGAUGCUGGAUGUAUGCAAGCCAGAGACAAGUUUCGCGUCUGAGAUUGGAUUUCUUGACAGCAGUCCUCAGACAGGAUAUUGGAACUUUUGAUACUGAUUUAACAAGUGGGAAAAUAAUCCUAGGAAUUAGCAACCACAUGUCAGUCAUACAAGACACUAUUGGAGAAAAGUUGGGGCAUUUUUUGUCCUGCUUUGCCACUUUCUUUUCGGGUGUCUUUAUCGCUUUCAUAUCCUGCUGGGAGGUGUCUCUGCUUGCACUGUUGGUUGUUCCCAUCAUACUGUUAACUGGUGCUACUUACACAAAGAAAAUGAACUCCAUUUCAGUUAUAAAAACCACAUACCUGUCAGAAGCCACUGCAAUGGUAGAGCAGACAAUCUCCCAAAUCAAAACAGUAUUUGCUUUUGUUGGAGAGAAGUUGGCAGUGAGGUCAUUUACAGAAUGCAUAGAGAGGCAAUUCAAAAUAAGCAAGAAAGAAGCACUGAUAAAGGGGUUUGGAACAGGCAUGUUUCAAGCUAUAACAUUCUGUUCCUGGGCUCUGAUUGUUUGGGUUGGAGCCGUCGUCGUAACCGCCAAGAGAGCAAGCGGAGGAGAUGUAAUAGCUGCAGUUAUGAGCAUUCUGUUUGGAGCAAUAUCUCUCACUUAUGCUGCCCCAGACAUGCAAAUAUUCAAUCAAGCAAAAGCAGCUGGAAAGGAAGUGUUUGAUGUAAUCCAAAGAAAGCCAACUAUAAGUUCAGAAACAGAAGGGAAAACCAUGGAAAUUAUUGAUGGCAAUAUUGAUAUCUGUGAUGUACAUUUUGCCUAUCCAUCCAGGCCAGAAAAAUUGGUUCUUCAGGGCUUUUCACUGUCAAUUCCAGCUGGAAAGGUUGUGGCACUUGUGGGAAGUAGUGGGUGUGGCAAAAGCACUAUCAUCUCACUAGCAAUGAGAUUCUAUGAUCCCGUCAAAGGUGAGAUUCUUUUUGACAACCAGAGCAUUAAGGAUCUUGAUUUGAGGUUUCUGAGGAGAAACAUAGGAGUGGUUUCCCAGGAACCAUCACUUUUCAGUGGCAACAUCAUGGACAACAUCAGAGUCGGAAACAUGGAUGCAGAUGAUCAACAGAUCGAACGAGCAGCAAUCAUGGCAAAUGCUCAUUCUUUCAUAUCCCAGUUACCAGACCAGUAUCUAACCGAGGUAGGACAAAGGGGUUUUCAGUUAUCAGGUGGACAGAAGCAGAGAAUUGCAAUAGCAAGAGCAAUCUUGAAAAACCCGCCAAUUCUGUUGCUCGAUGAGGCCACUAGCGCCCUCGAUACAGAAUCAGAGAAGCUUGUUCAAGAUGCACUCGAGGCAGCAAUGGAGGGGAGAACAGUCAUCUUGAUUGCACACAGAGUGUCAACCGUUGUAAAUGCAGACAUGAUUGUAGUUGUUGAGGAUGGAAAAGUUACCGAGACAGGAAAACAUCAUGAGUUAAUCGCUAAAAGUACAUUUUACAACAGCUUAUUCACCAUGCAGGACAUCAGCCAAGAUACCGAGAAAAGGGCUGGACAUACUGCAGAAGAAAACGAAGCUAUCGAGCAAAAGGGCUCACCUCAAAGCACAUUUCUUGAAGAUUCUCGAAGAAACGAGGAAGAAGAAGAAGAAAGAAAAGACUUAGACAUAUUCUUCAGAAUCUGGUAUGGCUUGAAAAGGAAAGAUGUCAUUAGGACUGCUAUUGGCUCAUUGGCAGCAGCUUUUUCGGGCAUUUCCAAACCAGUUUUUGGAUUCUUCAUCAUAACAAUUGGAGUAGCAUAUUAUGACAGUGACGCGAAGCAAAAAGUUGGAUGGUACUCGCUCGUCUUUGCUUCAAUAGGACUUCUUUCAUGGUUCACCAAUACUUUGCAGCAUUACUUAUAUGGAGUAGUUGGAGAGAAAGCCAUGACAAACCUCAGAAAUUCUUUGUACUCAGCCACACUUGAGAAUGAGUUAGCUUGGUUUGAGAGGCCAGAAAACAAUGUGGGGUCAUUGACAUCAAGGAUUGUGAAUGAAACAUCAACAGUCAAGAUCAUAAUCUCGGACCGAAUGUCUGUUAUAGUCCAAUGCAUCUCGUCCAUAGUGAUUGCAACGACUGUGAGCAUGAGAGUCGAUUGGAGAAUGGGGCUGGUAGCGUGGGCGGUGAUGCCAUGCCACUUCAUUGGCGGCCUGAUUCAAGCCAAGUCUGCUAAAGGCUUUUCGGGUGACAGUUCUGCAGCACAUUCUGAAGUCGUUAGCCUCGCUUCAGAAUCUGCAGCCAACAUCAAAACAGUCGUGUCGUUUUGCCACGAGGAGCACGUGGUUAAGAAGGCGAGAGUGUCGUUGCAGCCACAGUUGCAUAGAAGCAGGAAAGAGAGCAUCAAAUUCGGGAUCAUUCAAGGCACAUCUCUUUGCCUGUGGAAUAUCGCCCAUGCUGUUGCCUUAUGGUACACGACGUUGCUAGUACAGAGAAACCAAUCCAGCUUUCUGAAUGCCAUAAGAUCAUACCAAAUUUUCUCCCUCACAGUGCCCUCCAUCACAGAAUUGUGGACACUCAUACCCACUGUUUUAUCAGCCAUUGGCAUUCUAAAACCUGUGUUCCAAACGCUUGACAGACGCACACAGAUCGAACCAGACAAACCCGAAGAUUCAUCCUCAGAGAGCAUCAAAGGGGAAGUUGAGUUUAAAGCCAUCAAGUUCCAUUACCCAUCAAGACCAGAAGUAAUGGUACUUAACAAAUUCAACCUGCGAAUCGAGGCUGGAACGAAAGUUGCCCUCGUUGGGCCAAGCGGGGCUGGGAAGUCUUCUGUUAUUGCCCUUCUGCUUAGAUUUUAUGACGUUGAUGAAGGACAAGUUCUGAUUGAUGGAAAAGAUGUAAGAGAUUACAAUCUCAGAAAAUUAAGGGCUCAGAUUGGUUUGGUGCAGCAGGAGCCACUUCUGUUCUGCUGCUCCAUCAGAGAGAACAUCUGUUAUGGGAGUGAAAGAGCUUCUGAAACAGAGAUAAUAGAGGUCUCAAAAGCAGCAAACAUACACACAUUUAUAAGCAAUUUGCCAGAAGGAUAUGACACUGUUGUGGGGGAGAAAGGCUCCCAGCUUUCUGGAGGGCAAAAGCAGAGAAUAGCCAUAGCAAGAGCACUGCUUAAAAGGCCCGCAAUAAUGCUACUAGACGAAGCUACAAGCGCCCUAGAUUCAGGAUCCGAAAGAGCUGUCGUGAGUGCACUGGAAUCAUUACAGCACCACAAGUUUGGUCGAUCAUCGCCUUCCAAAAUGACACAGAUCACGGUGGCACACCGGCUAUCCACAGUAGUUAACUCAGACAUCAUAGUUGUUAUGGACAAAGGUUGUGUUGUAGAAAUGGGAAGCCACUCAACCCUGACCUCAGAACCUGAUGGUGUCUAUUCUAGACUUGUUAGCCUGCAAAGCAUGAAAGAUCACUAA